AUGAACGAGAAGCAGAUAGUGAUGGACAGUGUGUGUGAGUUGUCAAAUGAAGCAAAAAGUGAGGUGAAACGAUGGGAUAAAAAGGCCAAAGCAAAGGUUGAAGUCGACUGCCCAUCAACAAAUCUUCUUUACAACCAAUUUAUGGAAGGAGUAGAUCUUUUAGACUCACUGUUUGCACUAUCCCAGAUAAACAUUAGAUCAAAAAAGUACUACCAUCGUUUAUUUUUUCCCUUCCUUGAUGUGGUGGUAGUGAAUGCAUGGUUGCUGUACAGAAGAAACUGUUAUUCUUUUGGUGUAAACAAAAAUAAACCAAGACAACUUUGUCAGUUCAAGACUGAAUUAGCUGAAGCGUUGUACAAAAUGAACAAGGACUUAAGUGGGAGAAAGUGUGGUAGACCUUCUUCAAGCGCUGAUGUCGAAUACGUAAAUAAGAGGAACCUCGGUCAUGAAUCUAAGCUAAUCCCCCAAAGGGUUGUUCGUCAGGACAAUGUUGGACAUUGGCCAGUUGUGUUUGAAAAGAGAGGUAGAUAUAAACAGCCAAAUGGCAAAGGAAGUCCAUCAAUUGUGUGCCAGAAGUGUGGUGUUCAUUUACGUAUCGAGAGAAAAAGAAACUGUUUUCUGGACUUUCAUAGGGAAUGA